CAGUUCCAGGCCAAGUCCACGGUCAGAAGGAUCCACCAGCUGGACUAAGAGUCUGCAGUUUACAGAGAAGAGGACAUAGACACAAAUUCAUACUUUGAUUCAACUCAAAAACAUCUCCGGCACAAAUUGACAAUGGGAAACAGCAAGAGCGGCGCCAUGUCCAAGGAGAUCCUGGAGGAUCUGAAACUCAACACCAAGUUCUCGGAAUCGGAGCUGGUUCAGUGGUACGAAAACUUCAAGAAGCAGUGUCCGAGCGGACGCAUCUCCAAAGAGGAGUUCCAGAACAUCUACACCAAGUUCUUCCCCGAGUGCGACGCCAACACCUACGCCCAGCACGUGUUCCGCUCCUUUGACACCAAUGACGACGGAACGCUGGACUUCAAGGAGUACAUCAUCGCCCUCCACAUGACGUCGACGGGGAAGACCACCAGGAAACUGGAAUGGGCCUUCUCCCUGUUCGACGUCGACAAGAACGGAUACAUCACCAAGUCCGAGGUCAAGGAAAUCUGUACGGCCAUUUUCAAGCUGAUUCCUAAAGAGGAUCUGUCGACUCUGCCUGAAGAUGAAAACACACCUGAGAAGAGAGCCGACAAACUGUGGAAGAUCUUCAACAAAGAAGACAACGACCGAGUGGCAGAAGGCGAGUUCAUCCAGGGCGUGUUGGACAACGAUGACGCCCUCCGUCUGAUUCAGUAUCAGCCUCAGAAGUAACUGCAGACGCAAACUCUUUCCCUCACAUUUUCA